CCAACAAAAGAAAUCUUGUUUCAACCACUGCUGCUAAUAAGCAAUUUGUGGUCAUAGCACAUGAUUAUUCCGACGCAGAAGCAUUAUCUCGACGUUUAUCAGUUCGUGAAGCCCAUUUAGUACGUGCUAAAGAAUCGAAGGAAAAAGGAAUAAUAAUAUUUGGUGGGGCACUACUAAAAAGCGCAAAGACGGAUGAUAAUGCUGAUGUUGAUCGUGGCGAUAGUAGAAGCGGCGACGCGAAUGGUGAAGCAAAAGAAAUUAUGAAUGGUAGUCUAUUCGUAUUAGAGGCGGAAACUGUACAAGAUGUUUAUAAAUUUGUUGAGCAAGAUCCGUAUGUUACCGGAAAUGUUUGGGAACGAAUCGUCGUUCUACCUUUUAAGAUGUAA